UAAAUAUUUGAUUGGCUUUAAAAAUAAAUUGAGGCAGAGGCUGUCAGGUUUUUAAAUUAGAAUUGGCUUCCUGUAGCAUUCUAGAAUGUACAGCACAUGAUAAGACAAUAUGACCCCUCUAGCUUGGAUUAAUUCUCUGAAGUGGCUGUGUAAUUGGUUGAAGUCCAUCUCUUUCUCUGUGCCCCUAUAAAUUUCAGUUUACAAUUGUCCUGUUAAAUGCUGCCGUUCAAUAUGCUUUCACAUCUUUUUUGUUAGUGCUAACUUGAUCAUUUUUACUUCGUUGAAACCAUUGAUAAUAUUGAAAAUGUCUUUUAAAUAUUCCCUCUCGUAGAAGAACAGCCCACUCUCUCAUGUCUCCAUAUAUACUCGUCUUGGUAUCUUUUCUUGGAUAUUUCUGUUCUGCCUUCCAAGGCUUUGACAAUUUUCCUAAAAGCAUAGUAUUCUUGAUUGCACAAUUUAACUGAGACCCGAUCAGCGAUAUGUGAAGGCAUAACCUUUUGCUUUUGUACUCCACAAGCAUCUUUUUUGUCUAAUUCAAGUUGUGUGACUGAAAGCUUCACCAUAAGAAAAAUUUUAUUCGUCACUGUGAGACCAGCCAGGCUGCAUUGUAUAGGCCCUCUUUGUCAACCUUGUUUUUGUUUUAUGACCCUGAAAAUUUAGGGCAGAUCAAAUUCCUGGCCAGAAAUGAUCUGUAACACUUAAAUUGUUACUGGUAGAAACAAACUGUGCAUACUUAAUAAAAAGUGGUGCCAAUUAAUUAAUAGAUGAACUGAUAUGGUGAUUAUUCUAAGUUGUUAAUAAUUCUCUAUUUCCAGGUAUUUAUAGGGAUCCACCCACUCAAAGCUUAGUGGGAGAGGUGUGUGGGGUGUGCAGGUAGUGUUCCUUUGUUGGUUCUGGAUUUCUGGACGCAAUGUGUCCUGUGAGCUUAUUGGCAGGCAUAUUCUAUAUAGAGAUUUUGUUCUCAGUCUUUUCUACCUCGUUAACCAUGGUCAGCACGUUAACUUGGGAAUAUGUCCUGGCUGAGAAAGCAAUAAGAAUCUGAGGCAAUUAUGGAUGGGACAGAGAUCGCUGUGUCACCCCGGAGCUUGCACAGCGAGCUGAUGUGCCCCAUCUGCCUGGAUAUGUUAAAGAACACCAUGACGACGAAGGAGUGCUUGCACCGCUUCUGCUCAGAUUGUAUUGUCACUGCGCUCCGCAGCGGGAACAAAGAGUGCCCCACAUGUCGAAAGAAACUGGUUUCUAAGCGAUCUCUCCGACCAGAUCCAAAUUUUGAUGCACUGAUCUGUAAGAUCUACCCAAGCAGGGAUGAAUAUGAGGCACAUCAAGAUCGUGUACUGGCACGAUUAAGCCGACUUCAUAACCAACAAGCCCUAAGCAGCAGUAUUGAGGAGGGAUUGAAAAUGCAGGCCAUGCAUAGAGCUCAGCGAGUGAGGAAGCCUCCUCAUGAAUCUGACAACACUACCUUUAGUGGAGGGGAGGACAACUGUGACAGCCGCUCUCAUGUCAGCAAUGUGUCAACGCACAGCAACCAGGAGGCUGGCCCAAGCCGCAAGCGCUCCAAGGCUUCAGACGACUCCUGCCCUGACCUGGACAACUCGCGAGAGGGGGCUGGUAGCCCAGACGUGGCGGGGGACUCGUGCAGUGAAAUUGAGCUUGUCUUCAGACCACACCCAGUGUUGGUUGAGAAAGAUGAAUAUUCACAAACCAGGUAUGUGAAGACCACCGCAAAUGCCACCGUGGACCAUUUGUCCAAAUAUCUGGCGUUGAGAAUUGCCUUGGAGGAGCAACAGAAGAACAUUGGCAACAAUGCAGUCAGUCUGGAAGAAGUCAGUGAGAAGCAGUAUACAAUUUACAUCACUACGUCGGGAGGCCAGUUCACAACACUGAAUGGAUCGCUGACACUAGAAUUAGUAAAUGAGAAAUACUGGAAGGUCAGCAAGCCCCUUGAGCUUUAUUAUGCACCAACUAAGGAACAAAAGUAAAUAGAGGACAAGGACCAAAACAAAAUUGCUUGCUUAUUCUUUCCAUCUGUUCGCCACAAAAAAGACUGGCUUUGAGGAGUGCAGAAGAGACUGUGUUGAAUCCUGGGAGAUAAGGGCCUGAAAUUGGUCCUUGAUGCAAGACUCACAAGAGGCCCGUAUUUCAAUUUAGGUUGGGGUAUAGAAUAAAUCGGAACUGUUGUCAACCAUUGCUUUUGUGUAAUCUAGUGCUCUUGUGCAAUUUGUGUUUGUGAGUUGGGUGUUGCAUUUUCAGGUUUGACCUUCCUUCUGUUGUGAUCAAUUGACCAUCAUGGUGUAAGUAGGUGCUGCCAGAAGCCAUUUGGCAUUCUUGAUCCUCGUACCAGAGAGAAUUGAUGCGCAUUUAAUAUCAUCCAGAAUGCUCAAUAGUUUGAAUGGCAUAUUGCCAUGUACGAGUCUGAGUAACUGAGAAGGGGGUAACAAAAGUCACCUGAAUAUCUGGAUAAAGUUAGUGGAUUAAUGUUUCAAAUAAUUUAUAUGUUAUGUUUUAAUGUUUGUCAUUAUUCCCUCCAGUCUCUUUCUCCUUCAUUUUGUUCCCAUAAUCCCAUUUAUGGGAAUAAAGCAUGAACUAAUGGGUUUGAAUAAAGUGCCUUAGCCGCUUGGCCUACAUGUUAGAUUUCCAUUGUUCACCUGUACCUACUUUUGUUUUCUUCUUACAAUUUUUUAAAAUUGGUAUUUGGGAAAGAAUGCUGUACAGUGAAGAAAGAAAUUUAAUGUAUUAAGGAGCUGGGACAAAGUUUCCAAUGCGGUGAACUGAUUGAACUGCAGGAUUGUUUGCAGAAUUUGCCACUGUUGCCUAAAUUGAUGCAUACUUGCUUAGCCCUGUUAUGUCAUACUAGAAAAUUAAGAGUAAUUAAGAGUGAGCUUAAUUGCCUAUCACUUUUAAUGUUGCCACUAUGAACUAGCUAACUGUUGCACAAAUUUUGUAUUGUGAUGAGAGGAAGGACAAUUUUUAAAUCUGGAAAACAUCGGAUGAGUUUUGGUUUUUAAUAGGAAAAUACGUUUGAAGUAUUCAUUCUCUGCAAAUAUAUAUUUCAAUAUGUACUUUUACUCUCUUAAAUCUACUGGCUUAGGGGAGCCAUCAAAGUAAUAGUCCAGGGCAAGACUUAAUCAGUAACACUUGGACCAAUGGUAUAACAUUUGAACCUUGAGUCUAAGCUUGUACCCACCCUGUCGCAUGGGAUACUGGUCGAACUGGGAUCCCUCUUCCAGCCCAUGACCAACCAUAGGGCCAUUACUGCUGCCUUGGCAAAUAUUUAAUAUGCUAAUGUACAAAAAGAUCAAGACUGCUUUGUUACUGAAUAACCUUGAUCUCUGCUGAAAGUUUGACUAUUAUGUGCAUUUAGCGAUAUUAGAUUUGUACUGUUUUUUAAGCUAUGUAACAGUUUGGACUGUUGUAUAAUAUACCUAAAUGGAUUUGGAUAAAACAUUGUGUACAUGCUCAGAAGAAAAGAAGAUAUACAACUUUAUAUUGUUGAUUGAUUGAACUAAAGGCAAUGGAAGUUGGUGAAUGUGGACUUGGCAGUAGCAUUUUGAAAUGACAGCAUGUAGCUGAAUUCAGGACGUAGCUCCUGAUGCAAUAAGCAAGCAUCUGUUGGCAUAGGAGUUACCUGGAUCUCAUCAAUACCCCAUUGUGGUUUGCACAAUACUCCUGAGCAGAUGCUGCACAAAUCAGUUUAAUAAAAGUUGGAAUAAAUAUCUUACUGUUGUAGAUCUGCUUAUGAGAAGUAAACCUUCUUACAGCAUUGUAUGUGUCAUCAUACCUUGUACUGUCCAGGAAUAAAAUAUAUCUUGGUUCAA